ACGUGUCACUCUCACUCUCACUGCCUCGCGUCGCAUCGAUGAUCGAUAGAGAAGGCGUGCUUCUUUUGCUGCUGCUCGCUCUGGUCACUAGGCAUAGGCGGUAGCUGUACUACGAGUGCUAUAAACAGGCCACUUCUCCAUGCUCCGGAGCACACGCAAAUUUCACCUGGAAAGCCGGAAGCGCCGCGCGAUCAUGGGGUCACUGACGCCGGCGGAGGGCCAGCGGCGGGCGCACGCCGUGUGCGUGCCGUUCCCGACGCAGGGCCACAUCACGCCCAUGCUCAAGCUGGCCAAGCUCCUCCACGCGCGGGGCUUCCACGUCACCUUCGUCAACACCGAGUUCAACCACCGGCGCCUGCUCCACACGCGCGGGGCCAACGCGCUCGACGGCGUGCCGGGCUUCCGCUUCGACGCCAUCCCCGACGGCCUCCCGCCCUCCGACGCCGACGCCACGCAGGACAUCCCCGCGCUCUGCAACGCCACCAUGACCAAGUGCCUCCCGCACCUCCUCUCCCUCCUCGCCAGGAUCAACAACGGCGACACCGACGCCGAGUCGGAGUCGUCGUCGUCGUCUCCGCCGGUCACCUGCCUCGUCGUGGACGCCUUCAUGUCGUUCGGCUUCGACGCCGCCAGGGAGAUCGGCGUCCCCGUCGUCGCGUUCCUCACCAUCGCCGCCUGCGGGUACAUGGGCAUCCGCAACUUCCGCAACCUCAUCGACCUGGGCCUCGUGCCGUUCAAGCACGAGGCGGACCUCGCCGACGACGGCCACCUCGCCACCGUGGUGACUACGGGCGCGUACGGCAUGUGCGACGGCGUGCAGCUGCGGGACUUCCCCAGCUUCAUCCGCACCACGGACCGCGACGACGCCAUGCUCAACUUCCUCCUGCACGUGUUCGAGCGGAUAUCGCUCGUCCCGGACGCCGUCGUCAUCAACACAUUCGAGGACCUCGAGCGCACCACGCUGGACGCCAUGCGCAGCGUCCUACCGCCGGUGUACCCCAUCGGGCCGGUCCUCCUCCGCGAGCGCCAUGAGAUCCCCGCCGGCAGCCCGCUGGCGGGGCUCGGCUGCAACCUGUGGAAGGAGCAGGAAGGCGUCCUGGAGUGGCUCGCCGUCGCCGGCCGCCGCGCGCCGCGGUCCGUGGUGUACGUGAACUACGGCAGCAUCACGGUGAUGACCAGCGCGCAGCUGCUCGAGUUCGCCUGGGGCCUGGCCGACAGCGGGUACCCGUUCGUGUGGAACAUCCGCCCGGACCUCGUCAGGGGCGACACCGCCGUGCUGCCGCCGGAGUUCGCGUCCGCCGUCGAGAGCCGGGCGCUGCUGACCACGUGGUGCGCGCAGGAGGCGGUGCUCCGGCACGAGGCGGUCGGGGUGUUCCUCACCCACUCCGGCUGGAACUCGACGCUGGAGAGCCUCUGCGCGGGGGUGCCGAUGAUCAGCUGGCCCUUCUUCGCGGAGCAGCAGACCAACUGCCGGUACAAGCGCACGGAGUGGGGCGUCGGGAUGGAGAUCGGCGGUGAGGUGCGGCGCGACGAGGUGGCGGCCAUCUUAAAGGAGGCCAUGCACGGGGAGAAGGGGCGGGAGAUGCGCCGGCGCGCGGAGGAGUGGAAGGAGAAGGCCGCAAUGGCCGCGCUGCCGGGUGGGCCUGCCGAGACAAACCUUGACAGGGUCAUCCAAACCGUGCUGCUCUCCAAGAACCAAGCAAAAAAUGUCGAUGCGUGAUUAUUAUUAUUAUUAUUGAAACAUCAUCAAUGUAAAUAAAGACAAAGAAUGAAUGAAUAAAAGAUGAGAAUUGCUAAACAGCAACCAA